AUGCAUGCGGGUGGUGUGGUCAGAAAUGCCUUUAAUUCGGUGGUGGCGUGCUUUCAAUUUUCGGCAGGAGCCGGUUUUGCCUUUGAGGCGGAACUUUUUUCUUUUAUUAUCAUUCUUGAGAGGGCUGCUGCUCAUCAAUGGUAUAACCUCUGGAUUGAAUCUGAUUCAACAUACGUUGUGAAUGUCUUCAAUAAUCGUGAGGUUCCGGUCCCGUGGCGUUUUCGGAGCAGAUGGCAGGCGGCGCUUAAAGGUGUGGAGCACUACAACCUCCGUUGCUCUCAUAACUACCGGGAAGGUAACCACGUUGCCGAUUACCUCGCUUCCUCUCACUCGCAGGAAGGAUUUUGGCUUCAUUCUAUUCCUGAAAUUGCUCAGCUGGUUUCCGAUGAUGUACAUUCUUCCUUUGUUCGCAUGGUGCGAUAG